AAAAAAAGGAAUAAAAACUAGAGGGAAAAAGAACAAAGAAUUAAAAUUUUCAUUGCUAUUAGUCAGCCAAUCGCCGGUAAAUUUUCUUUUCCUAAUUUUUUUGAUUCGUUAAUGUUAAUCAAAGUAAUCCCCAGUGAAGACGACUUCCCAAGUUCAUUUACCAACCGGCUGCCUUCUCAACCCCGCUCUCUUCUUUCUUUCUCCAGUGUUUGUUCAGAUUCAAAUUCUAAGUCAAAUCUCAGCUUCAACAAUGCUUAAUUUGUAACCCAAUUUCCUGUUAGAGGCUUCAACGAAUUCGAAUUUAGGGUUCUUGUUGGGCCGGUUUGAUUUGAUUGAAAGAUCUCAAAUCCGAGCCAGUUCUGUAGCCAAUCGUUCUUUUUCGAACGAAGGGGGGCGAAAGUUUUUGCCUUUUUUUUUUUUUUAUAUAUAUAUAUAGAGUCGUGAUCGUAGGAUAAGUCAUGUUCUAUGGUGCGGUGGUGUGGGAUCCAUGGCUGAUCGUUGCCCAAAUUGUUUGCCUCCAAUGCUUAUACUAUCUAACUCUAGGGUUGUUUUUGGCCAUUCUUGUUGGCACUAGGGUUUCGAGGAUGAGUUUGGUCUAUUUCUUUGAUUACGCCGCCGUAGCUGCCUCCACGGUCACCGGGUGGUGCGUCAUUGCUUCGUUUAUUCUUAGCUCCCUUGCUGGGGCUGGAUUUUUAGUCUAUCUGGUUGAGAGAGCGAAAAAAUGCCUGGAUUUUACGGCCACCCUAUACAUCAUUCAUAUCUUCAUAUGCAUCAUGUAUGGAGGUUGGCCAUCGUCAAUGACUUGGUGGGUUGUCAAUGUCACUGGACUGGCUAUCAUGGCGUUGUUAGGUGAAUAUUUGUGUAUUAGACGUGAGUUGCGCGAAAUUCCAAUUGCAAGAUACCGCCCAAGUAAGCUGUCUCUCAUUGAAUAUUUAAGUUAAUCUAAUUGAUGGUAGUGAUUCUUUGUUGGAUAUCUUGUGUUCUGUACACGUAUGUGUUCAUGCUAUAGAUAUCAUAUCACUAAUCAUGCUUCUUGCUGCUGCUGUUGCACUUCGAUGUAGCCAUUUCCAUGUUUAUACUGAAAAGCUCAUCCAGAGUAUUCCGAUCUUAUUGGUGCGUUUAAAGUAUUAUAGACCUGAGAACAUUUUAUGAAUCGGUGCAGAUGUCUGAUAAGAGAAAACUAAGGGGGGCGCUUGGUUCAAAUUCUCGAUUUGCAGUAGCACUAGCAAUAGAGGGUGACUGAGAGGUCAGACAACAAUAUAAGUGAUUAAGGAGUGAUUGAGGGCGGCAGUAGAAGUGAUUGAGGGUGUCACCGAUGAUGGAUGUUCUAAUUGCAGUGUUAAUGCUUGGUUCAUAUGCUGGAAUAGAUAUCUACUAUAUCCAUUGAUAGUGAUUUUUAUAGCUUAAUUUCAAAGAUGGUGGUAAUUAGUGGAAAUUCCACCUUACCCUGUUAGCCCGUGUAUCACAAAAAUUGUAAAGAUAAAAUUUUCACUCUUUUUUUUUUUUUUCCUCCCUACUCUUCAUUAAUGACACAAGUUCAAAAUAUUAACUUCUUGCAAAACCUUUUUAAAAAA